CCUGCCGCCAGGUUGCACGCACGGUGCUGCGUUUCCCACGAGGACCAGCGCCUGAAGGAGGAGCGGGCUCGCCGCGAGGAGCAUCCCCAGCUCCGCCGCAUCGCUUCCACCGUGGCCAAGGAGGUCAAACACUUCUGGACCAAUGUGGAGAAGGUGGUGCAGUUCAAGCAGCAGUCCCGCCUGGAGGAGAAGCGGAAGAAGGCACUGGACCUGCAGCUGGACUUCAUCGUGGGCCAGACGGAGAAAUACUCCGACCUGCUGAGCCAGAGCCUGAACGAGUCUCUGCCGGCCAGCAAGCCCGGCUCCUCCUCGCAGCUCAGCUCGUCCCGGGCCGGCUCGGGGUCAGCCUGCUCCAGCCCCCCGCCUGGCUCCGACUCUGCCACCGAGGAUGAAGACUUCCAGCCGCAGGAGGAAGAUGCUGACGACGAGGAGACGAUCGAGGUGGAGGAGCGACGUUCGGGCAACGACGCUGAGACUCGGCGCCGUGAGGUGGAGCUGCUCCAGCGGGAGAGUCUCCUGCCCCUGGAGCAAGUGCUGCGCUCACUCCCCUCCCCACCCCCCCCCCCACCCCCACACACACCCGCAUUCCGCACUGGACAAAACGCUCGCCGCGGCCCCGUGAGAGACCGGGGACGUCGUGGGGACCCAGUGGAGCUCGUCGAUGAGGAGUUCAACGCUGACAAUGAGGAAGUCCCCACAGGUGAGCUCCCGGUUGCUGAGCUCCUGAGCAAAUACGCCAAGGCUUUCGACGGGACCCAGGGUGGCCCCGACUCUCCCUCCGAGGGCCCGAGUGAUUCCGAGGGUCCCACUGACUCCGAGGAGGAGGAGGAGGAGGAGGAGGACGAGGAGGACGCCACCUCUGAGUACGAAGAAAGCAGCAGCUCGCGAGAUUCGGACGACUCGAUGGCGACGGAGGAGGACGAGAGUGAGGAGAGCGACGAUGAGGAGGAGGAGGACGAGGAAGACGAGAUCGGCGUGGAGUUCCUGGUCCGCGACGGGCCGGAGACGGGCGAGGAGAGGAACCACCAGGUGGUGGCGCCGCUGGCCAAGGGCCCCAAGAAGGAGAUCACCGACAUCGCAGCGACGGCCGAGAGCCUUCAGCCCAAGGGGUACACACUGGCCACCACACAGGUGAAGACCCCAGUCCCGUCGCUACUGCGGGGGACUCUGCGGGAGUACCAGCACAUCGGCCUGGACUGGCUGGUCACCAUGUACGAGAAGAAGCUCAACGGCAUCCUGGCUGACGAGAUGGGGCUGGGGAAGACCAUUCAGACCAUCGCCCUGCUUGCACAUCUGGCCAUCGAGAAAGGUAACUGGGGCCCACAUCUGAUCAUCGUCCCCACCAGUGUGAUGUUGAACUGGGAGAUGGAAUGUAAACGCUGGUGUCCGGCCUUCAAAAUCCUCACCUACUACGGCGUGCAAAAGGAGCUUGACAACGAUGGAGAGGGCUGGACCAAACCCAAUGCGUUCCACGUGUGUAUCACAUCCUACAAGCUGGUGUUGCAGGAUCACCAGGCGUUCCGCCGCAAGAACUGGCGGUACAUGAUCCUGGACGAGGCGCAGAACAUCAAGAACUUCAAAUCCCAGCGCUGGCAGUCGCUGCUUCCGCUUCAACACCAGCGGAGGCUUCUCCUGACGGGAACGCCGCUGCAGAACAGCCUGAUGGAGCUGUGGUCCCUCAUGCACUUCCUGAUGCCACACGUCUUCCAAUCCCACCGCGAGUUCAAGGAAUGGUUCUCCAAUCCCCUCACUGGCAUGAUCGAGGGCAGCCAGGAGUACAACGAGAAUCUGGUCAAGAGAUUGCACAAGGUGCUGCGUCCGUUCCUGUUGCGUCGAAUCAAGGUGGACGUGGAGAAACAGAUGCCCAAGAAAUACGAGCACGUGAUCCAGUGCCGACUGUCCAAGCGGCAGCGUUACCUCUACGAUGACUUCAUGUCCCAGGCAUCGACGAAGCAGACACUGGAGACCGGCCAUUUUAUGAGCGUCAUCAACAUCCUGAUGCAGCUGCGGAAAGUUUGCAACCACCCCAACUUGUUCGACCCUCGUCCCAUCCACUCGCCCUUCAUCACCCCGGGAAUCUGCUACACCACGGCCUCCUGCGUGCUGCGGGCUCUCGAAUACCAGCCCUUCAAGCACGUGGACCUGGGCCUGUUUGACCUGAUCGGAGCCGAGCGGCGACUAUCCAAGUACGAGAGCAACGUUUUCCUGCCCGCCCACAGACUCACGCUGAAGAUGAUCGAGGAGAUCUCGGAUGCCCCCGAACCUCCCCCCCGGCCACGACCGGUCCGUAUGAAGGUCAACAGGAUGUUACAGCCACCUCAGAAGCCAGACGGCCGCAACGUGUUACUGGUGAACUCCCCCCGUCCACCCCUCCUCCUUGCUCAGACGCAGAUGCAGACACCGCUGCCACCGAGACCCAAUCCCACUCCCACUCCGUGCCUGAGGCCUGAGCUGCUGCAGACGCUGCCCAGCGGGGCCCCGAUCAUCACCCACAGUCUGGUGUCCCCGUCCAUGCACUGCGCUGGCUCCACGCUGGGUGCUGCCCUCCCCCUCUCGCUCCCCCCAGCUGGUGACUGGGACCCCCCGUCCCCUCCUCCCCCCUCCCCCCG